CGUAAGUGUGAUCUGUGGUCGCUGGUCAAAAAUGUUAAAUGGUCGGUUUUUGACAUUUUGCAAUUGCAUUUUGUUUGAAUUGCAUUGCUGACUGCUGUGUUGCCUAAACUUUUAAAUAAAAUUUAUAAAGGUGGAAAAUAAGAAACAAGCGUGACGAUUGACCGUGUUGUUGACUCGAACAUUGACCAGACCAAACUUUUCAACGUUUACUUAAGACAAUAUAAACAAUGAAUCAGAGCUUUAAGCGCAGUGGUGAACGAAAGGAAGAAACACCAUAUUCAAGAUUAUUUGUGGUAUGCAGCAGACAAUUAAAAGAAGAUGAUCUUAGAGAGAAGUUCGAACGCUUCGGUGAUAUCGAAGAUGUAUAUAUUCCUAGAGACCGUAAUACGGGGGAAUCGAAAGGUGUCGCGUAUAUCAAGUUUGACAAAACUUCCUCGGCCGCUGCCGCUAUCAAAGACUUGCAUUUGAAAACAUGUGGUCCAGAUAACAAACCACUUAAAGUUAUGGUAGCCGUAAAUAAAAAUGAAAGCCCCGCACAAAACGAUAAUGAGGACAGGUACAAGCGUCUAUUCAUAAAAGUCUCCAGAGAGAUCACAGAGACUGAAGUGAGACAACAUUUCUCAACAUUUGGCGAUGUGGAGUCUGUUCGCUUACAGAAAGAUAAACUCACUGACACUUGCAAGGGGUUCGCUUAUGUGCAAUAUAAGUCAUUCUAUGAUGCUGCAAAAGCUUUUGAAGAAUGUGAUAAAAAAUAUAAACCUGUAUUUGCAACACCUCGUGAUGACUUAAAGCGUAGUAGAAACAGUAUUGAUAUGUGGCAGGAACACAAUGUUCAUAUAAAUAACUACAGUGGACCUAAGUAUACCCCGAAUAUGAAAGAAAGAAACUAUAAACCUAAAAUUGAGUUAAAAUCUCAACACAAUCAUAAUUUAGGUGGCCCUCAGGAUUUUAAUACCAUCUCUGUAAUAUGUACCCCACAAGUCUCACAGAAAUUCAUUAAGAACCUAUUUGACAUUGUGCCGGGCAUGUUGCAAUGUGAUUAUUCUAUGGACUCAUUCAAUGGGAUCUCCAAAGCCUCGAUCACUUAUGAAACAACAAAUUCAGCUGGAUAUGCUGUGGAGAAGUUAAACAACUUUGAGUUUCCUUCUGGAGAAAUAUUAACUGUUACACCAGAUAAUAACCCUUUGAGCAAGGCUGCUAAUGAUCUAACUGCUGUGGUAAAUAACUUUAAGAAUGCUGUGGACUCUGGUACCCCAGAUUUGCUGCAGCUUGCUGAAGUCAUUGCCCGAGCAUCUUCUUUAAUCAAAGCUGCAACUCAGACUACAACAGUUCAAACUGAGUUGCAUUCACAAAAUUCUUUUGAAGACCCUAGCUAUUGCAAUGUAAGCUUGCCGCCACCUAAACCAAUGGCAGACGUGAACAGCAGGGUUGCUCAAAGGUUGUUCAUUAUUUGCAGGCCUCAACCUCCACCUCUGAGUGUAUUAAUAGACAUAUUUUGCCGUUUUGGAGAUCUCAUUCAUGUUUCCACUAUACCUACUAAAAGUUUUGGGUUUGCCAAGUAUGCUUCUGUACAGUCUGCACAAAAUGCAAUUGGCAAAUUGAAUGGAGCUGUUGUUACUGGGAUACAACUCAAAGUUAUGGAGGCAGAUGAAAGACCUACAGUUACUGAGAGGACUGACCGUAUGGAGAUUAUUGACGAUGAAAUGGACGGCAGCAAAAGAAUUAAACUUGAUGACUAAGACCCAUGAUAUAAUGUAGACUAAAAAAAAGACUUAUUUUACUGUUUUAAUUUGACUAAUGCUUGCUGGACUACAUUUUUAUUUAUAUAAGUGAAACUUUACAUAACUGGACAUUGUUUGGUGUUAAUGAAUGACUUGUUUAUUAUUAUCAUGUCUUAUUUUAAGCUUUUACACAAAUGGUUAAACACUGGGUAGCUAGACUAUUGUCUUGUCACUUUAAUAUGCAACUCCCAUAACGCAUUUAAAAUGGGAUACCUUUAGUCAGCUUACAAUGUUGUUGACUGUUUGUACAAGCUCUUUGGUUUUAAUGUACUUUUUUCUUCAGAUAAUUUAAUUAAAUGAAAUAAGAGGUAAAUUAAA